AUGACACGUAUUCAUUCCUUUGCCGUAAUCAGUAUAACUCUCUGUUACUUAACUAGUGUAUGUUUAAGUGAUGCACCUAAUUUUGUUUCAGCACGUGGUAUUACUGUACGUUCUACUUCUAAAAUUAAUAAUGAGCUUUACGAAUUAACUAUAUCUACAACUGCUGUAAAAGGUAAUCAAAAAAUUCGUAUUCUUCUUCCACGUGAUUAUACUAGUAGCGGCAAGGAUCGUCGAUAUCCCGUUCUCUAUUUAUUUCAUGGUAGUGCUGGUAAUGCUGCCGAUUGGACAACAGGUGGUAAAGCACAACAAAUUCUUGGUCAGUCUCCUUUAAUCACAGUAAUGCCUGAUGGUGGUUCAUUUGGAUGGUAUACCAAUUGGUUAAAUCCUGGUAAUUCUGCUCCACAAAAUUGGCGAACUUUUCAUAUGGAACAAUUAUUACCUUGGAUCGAUCAAAAUCUUCGUACUGUAACAGAGAAAAAAGGUCGAGCUAUAAUGGGUUUAUCAAUGGGUGGAUUUGGUGCAAUACGUUAUGCUGAAUUAUAUCCUGAUCGAUUUGCUUUUGCAGGAAGUUUUUCUGGUGCACUUGAUUUACUUGAUUUACGAAUUCAAGCUGGAAUUCUUGGUUCAGUAACAAUCGAUGGUAAACCUCUUGACGGACCAUUUGGUGCUGCACUCUUACCAUGGACUAAAGCAGGAUGGACUGCUCAAAAUCCAGUUACACAUGCAGCAUCAUUAAAAGGUGUUACUUUAGCACUUUACACUGGUAAUCAAGGAAUUAUGGAAGGAACUAUACGUGAUACUAAUUAUCGUAUGCGUGAUGCACUUAAAUCAUUAAAUAUUCCAGUAUAUUUUAAUGAUUAUGGAAAUGGUGCAUCAAUUGGAAAUAACUGUAAAGGUAAACAUGAUUUUCCAUGUUGGGAUGCAGCAUUAACAAAUGUAUUACCUCGUAUGAUGGCUGUUUUACAACAGAAAUAUUAA